CCCGGAGUCAGAAUUGGAAAAAGUCUGAGGCACUUGGAGUUAGAGAGAGGGAGAGUUCCGCGGCUCGAGCCUCGCCCAUUGCGGGAGAGCGCGUACUGUCCAGGCUCUGUCUCACACCCCGCUUCAACCUUCAUUAACUGUAUCCCUCCUUCCUCUCUGCUCGUGUAUAAGCUCGAGCUUUCUCCCCCUGUGAAGAGAGGGCAUUUAGGUCACAAUGUUCCACUUCAGGAUUUUAACUGUUUUAGUCACACUUUGGCACUGUGCUAUUGCACAGGGGCCAGAGUUCAGCUAUGGAUGUGCCGAGGGAAGCUGUUACCCAGCCACAGGAGACCUGUUGAUUGGGCGAGCAGAUAGACUAUCUGCUACAUCCACCUGUGGUUUGCAUAAGCCUGAGCCCUUCUGCAUUGUCAGCCAUCUUCAGGAAGAAAAAAAAUGUUUUUCAUGUGAUUCACGCGAGUCUUUUACUGAAAAUCCAAAAAGUCAUAGGAUUGAGAAUGUUGUCACAACAUUUGCUCACAAUCGACUAAACACCUGGUGGCAAUCUGAAAACGGUGUGGAAAAUGUUUCCCUUCAGCUAGAUCUGGAAGCUGAAUUCCAUUUUACCCACCUCAUCAUGACUUUCAAGACUUUCCGCCCAGCUGCUAUGAUGAUAGAGCGAUCUUCUGAUUUUGGGAAGACCUGGCAAGUCUAUCGGUAUUAUGCUUACGACUGCGAAUCAUCCUUUCCAGGCAUUCCAACAGGAUCAUUAAAGAAAGUGGACGACAUUAUCUGUGACACUCGGUACUCUGAUAUUGAACCUUCUACCGAAGGAGAGGUUAUCUAUCGGGUACUGGAUCCAGCCUUUAAAAUUGAAGAUCCAUACAGCCGGAGAAUACAAAAUAUGCUGAAGAUCACAAACCUGAGGAUAAAGUUUACCAAACUCCAUACUCUGGGUGACAACUUGCUGGACUCUCGAAUAGAAAUCAAAGAAAAAUAUUAUUAUGCUAUCUAUGAUAUGGUAGUUCGGGGGAAUUGCUUCUGCUAUGGACAUGCCAGUGAGUGUGCUCCUGUUCAUGAUUCUGAUGACCAAGAUGUGGAUGGGAAGGUGCAUGGCCGGUGUGUGUGUCGUCACAACACUAGGGGGUUAAACUGUGAGCUAUGUCAGGACUUCCACCAUAGUGCACCUUGGAAACCUGCUGAAGGACGCAACAGCAAUGCAUGCCAAAGAUGUAGCUGCAACGGACAUGCUGAUAAAUGUCACUUUGACAUGGCUGUAUAUAUAGCAUCUGGUAACGUUAGUGGUGGUGUUUGUGAUGGCUGUCGAAAUAAUACAAUGGGACAACACUGUGAACAAUGUAAACCUUUCUACUACCAGCAUCCAGAACGAAGCAUUCGUGCCAGUGACAUCUGUGAACCUUGUAACUGUGACCCUGCUGGAUCAUUAAAUGGCGGAAUCUGUGACAGCCACACCGAUUUGACAGCUAAUCUCAUUGCGGGACAGUGCCGUUGUAAGCUAAACAUUGAGGGUGAGCGCUGUGAUCUGUGCAAAGAAGGUUUCUUUGGUCUAAGCGCAGAUGAUCCAUUGGGAUGCCAGCCAUGUACCUGUAACCAUUUGGGAACUCAUCCAGGCGGAACUCCAUGCGAUGAUGUAACGGGAAGUUGCUUCUGUAAACGUCUAGUGACGGGAAGGAAUUGUGAUCAGUGUCUGCCACAACACUGGGGAUUAAGCAGUGAUCUUGAUGGAUGUCGCCCUUGUGACUGUGACCUAGGCGGGUCAUACAGUAAUGACUGUUCUGCAGAGACAGGCCAGUGCCCGUGCAAAAAUCACAUGGCUGGACGUCGCUGCAAUGAGGUUGAAUCUGGGUUUUAUUUUAUUGCCCUGGAUCAUUACACGUACGAGGCAGAGGAGGCUAACUUGGGUCCUGAAGUGACAAUAGUACAGCGACAAAAUCCACAAGGUCGUUCUCCAACCUGGACAGGAAUUGGAUUUGUAAGGGCUCCUGAAGGAACAUAUCUAGAAUUCCAUAUACACAACAUUCCAUAUUCCAUGGAGUAUGAUCUGCUGAUUCGUUAUGAGCCUCAGCUACCAAAAAAUUGGGAAGAAGCAAAAAUAACUGUGUUCCGUCCUGGUAAAAUUCACACCAGCAGUCGAUGUGGGAAUACAACACCUGUUGAUGACAACCAAGUCUUUUCUCUGCCAUCAGGAUCAAGGUAUGUGGUCCUACCUCGGCCUGUAUGUUUUGAGAAAGAACUUAAUUACACCAUUCGUUUAGAAUUAACAAAGUACUCAACUGAUGAUGAAAUGGAAACUCCUUAUACAUUCAUAGAUUCGCUUGUACUCAUGCCCCACUGCAAGUCACUGGAUAUAUUCUCUGUAGGGGAUUCAAGCGAGAUUGUCACAAAUAAAGCCUGGGAGACCUUCCAACGAUACCGCUGUUUGGAGAACAGUCGAAGUGUUACUAAGAUUCCAAUGACUGAUGUCUGUAAGGGCAUCCUGUCUAGCAUUUCUUCCAUAAUCCAUGAAGGAGCUUUAUCAUGCCAGUGUGAUCCUCAGGGAUCUCUUAGUUCUGUUUGUAAUCCCAGUGGAGGACAGUGCCAAUGCCGCUCCAGUGUAGUUGGCCGGAACUGUGACCGAUGUGCUCCUGCAACUUAUGGUUUUGGGCCUAGUGGCUGCCGGCCUUGUGACUGUCAUCUGGAAGGUUCAGUCAAUGGAUUUUGCCAUCCUGGUACUGGUCAAUGUCAGUGUAAAGAAGGAGUCUACGGUCGGCAGUGUGAUCAGUGUCAGCCUGGUUACUGGGGAUUUCCCAGUUGUCGUCCGUGCCAGUGUAAUGGACAUGCGGAUCACUGCGACUUAGAAAGUGGCGAAUGUUUGGGCUGCAGAGAUCAUACUGGUGGACAUAAUUGUGACAGCUGUAUGUCAGGUUAUUACGGGAACCCCAUACUUGGGUCGGGUGAUCACUGUCGCCCAUGUCCUUGCCCAGAUGGUCCAGAUAGUGGACGGCAGUUUGCCACUGGCUGUUACCAGGAUCAUAGUUCACAAAAUAUUGUCUGCCUCUGUCACGAUGGUUACACAGGUGCCAGGUGUGAUGAAUGUGCUUCUGGAUUUUAUGGUAAUCCUAAUGAAACAAGAGGGCAUUGUCAGAAGUGCCAAUGCAGCAACAACAUUGACAUGACUGAUGCAGAAUCAUGUGACAAGCAAACUGGAGAAUGCCUGAAAUGUCUGUAUCACACGGAGGGUGAACAUUGUGAUCUCUGCAAGCUUGGUUAUUAUGGCAAUGCGCUGCAACAGAAUUGUAAAAAAUGUGUCUGCAAUUACUUGGGUACUGUAAAGGAACAAUGCACUUCGGCAGAUGAAUGCCACUGCAACCAAACCGCUGGUCAGUGCCCAUGUCUUCCCAAUGUGGUUGGUCUUAUGUGUGAUCAGUGUGCACCUAAUACUUGGAAACUAGCAAGUGGAGCAGGCUGUGAACUUUGCAACUGUAAUGAAAUCCACUCACGUGCAGCAUCUUGUAAUGAGAAUGUGAUUGCAAUGAAUUUGGUAUUGAGACACAGCAGUGUAACCAAACCAAUGGCCACUGCAUCUGUCGGGAAGGGGUUGCAGGUGAACGUUGUGAUAAGUGCGCUAGGGGGUACUUUGGUACAUUCCCACAUUGUGAACGAUGUCAUGCAUGCUUCAGACUCUGGGAUAAAGAAAUUGAAGAACUGACUAAUCGAAGCAAACAACUUGUAGCGCAGGCUGAAGUCAUCAAAUCUAGUGGAAUAAUUGGGCCUUACCAAGAAACUGUUAAUGCUGUACAGGAAAAAAUUAAUGAUAUACGAACCCUACU